GAAAGCAACUAUUUCACCAAAACAUCUUUGUGAUUGAAACCGACAAGAUUUAGAAGAAGCAGAGCCCUCUGGAUAACAUCUAAACAAUGGAGACAGCGCUAACAAAAACGCCAGAGAAAAGGCAAGUCAUUUUCCUUGCUAUGUUGUUGCUUUUGUGGGAGGCUGGUUCUGAGGCAAUUAGCUAUUCCAUGCCAGAAGAAACGGAGAGUGGCUACUUGGUGGCAAACCUGGGACAAGAUCUGGGGCUCAGGGUUGGGGAACUGGCCACUAGAGGGGCACGAAUCCAUCACAAUGGUAACAAAGAGCUUUUGCAGCUGGAUGCAGAGACAGGGAAUUUGCUCCUGAAGGAAAAACCAGAUCGCGAAGCACUGUGUGGGGCGAUAGAACCCUGUGUGCUACAUUUCCAGAUCAUACUGGAAAAUCCUGUGCAGUUCUUUCAAACAGACUUGCAGCUCACAGAUAUAAAUGACCAUUCUCCAGAGUUCUCUGACACAGAACUGCUCCUAAAAAUUCAAGAAAGCGCCCAGACAGGAACUGUGUUUCCUCUGAAGGCAGCUCAGGACUCUGACAUAGGGAGCAACGCUGUUCAGAACUACACAGUCAGUCCCAACCUCCAUUUCCAUGCCAUUACUCUCAGUCGCACAGAUGGCAGGAAAUACCCAGAGCUGGUGCUGGACAGAGCCCUGGACAGGGAGGAGCAGCCUGAGCUCACUUUAAUCCUCACUGCUCUGGAUGGAGGUGCUCCGCCCAAGUCUGGGACCACCACAGUUCGAAUUGAAGUCCUGGACAUCAAUGAUAAUGCCCCCCAGUUCUUAGAGUCACUCUAUGCGGUGGAGGUCCCUGAGAACAGCCCCCUCAAUGCCUUAGUUGUCACAGUCUCUGCCAGAGAUUUAGAUGCCGGGAUACAUGGCAAUGUAGCCUAUUCUCUGUUUCAAGGCGGUGGAGGUUCUCAACCGUUUGUGAUAGAUGAGAUCACAGGAGAGAUUCGUCUUAAAGGGGCAUUGGAUUUUGAAGCAACUUCAUAUUAUAACAUGGAAAUUAUAGCCACAGACAGUGGAGGUCUUUCAGGAAAAUGCAGUGUAGCUAUCCAGGUGUUGGAUGUGAACGACAAUGCCCCUAAACUCACCAUAUCUUCGCUCACUAGUUCCAUCCCAGAAAAUGCUCCUGAGGCUGUAGUUGCUGUUUUCAGUGUCUCUGACCCAGAUUCUGGGGAUAAUGGAAGGAUAGUGUGUUCUAUUCAGAAUGAACUUCCAUUUCUUUUAAAACCCACAUUCAAGAACUUUUACACCUUAGUGACGGAGAGAUCCCUGGAUAGAGAAAGCAAAGCAGAGUACAACAUCACCAUCAUAGUCUCCGAUCUGGGCACACCCAGGCUCACAACCCAGCACACCAUAACAGUGCAGGUGUCCGACAUCAAUGAUAAUGCUCCUGCCUUCACUCAAACCUCUUACACCUUGUUUGUUCACGAGAACAACAGCCCCGCACUGCACAUAGGCACCAUCAGUGCCACAGACUCAGACUCCGGCUCCAAUGGCCUUAUUAUCUACUCGCUGCUACCGCCCCACAACCCGCAGCUGGCCCUCACCUCGCUCAUCUCCAUCAACUCAGACAAUGGGCAGCUGUUCGCGCUCAGGGCGAUGGACUAUGAGACCCUGAAGGCCUUUGAGUUCCAUGUAGGCGCCACAGAUGGAGGCUCGCCGGCGCUCAGCAGCCAGACUCUGGUGCGCGUGGUGGUGCUGGAUGACAAUGACAAUGCGCCUUUUGUGCUCUACCCACUGCAGAAUGCUUCUGCACCCUGCACAGAGCUGCUGCCCAGGGCGGCAGAACCUGGCUACCUGGUUACCAAGGUGGUGGCGGUGGACCGCGACUCUGGCCAGAAUGCCUGGCUGUCAUUCCAGCUGCUCAAGGCCACGGAGCCCGGGCUGUUCAGCGUGUGGGCGCACAAUGGCGAGGUGCGCACCACCAGGAUGCUGAAUGAGCGUGAUGCACCCAAGCACAGGCUGCUGCUGGUGGUCAAGGACAAUGGAGAGCCUCCGCGCUCCGCUAGUGUCAUGCUGCAGGUGCUACUGGUGGAUGGCUUCUCUCAGCCCUACCUGCCUCUGCCAGAGGUGGCGCUCAAUCCCACACAGGAAGAAGACAUGCUCACUCUCUAUCUGGUUAUUGCAUUAGCUUCUGUGUCUUCACUUUUCCUCUUGUCUGUGCUGUUGUUUGUGGGAGUGAGGUUGUGCAAGAAGGCCAGGGACUCUUCUCUGGGUGACUGCUCUAUUCCCGAGGGACACUUUCCUAGCCAUCUGGUGGAUGUCAGUGGUGCGGGGACCCUAUCCCAGAGUUACCAUUAUGAGUUCUGUCUGACUGAUGACUCUGGGACCUCAGAUUUCAAGUUCAUGAACCCUAUUAUUCCUACUAGUCUCCUUCAGGACUCCUAG